UCCUCGGUGUCAUCGCUAAACUCAGCAUGAAGAACCUUGGUUUAAUUGGUAUGUUCCUAUUAUUGGUAAACGUGGUGUCUGGCGUUGAGACCGAUAUUGUGGAGUCAGUGUCUGUGAUUGUGGGAGAUUCUGUCACUCUACAGACGGAAGUUACUCAAAUACAGAGCCGGGGUUUGAUUGAGUGGAGGUUUGAAGGAUAUCUCAUUGCUAGAGUCAACAGUGACUCCAAUAAGAGAGUACAGGCUAAUGUUACUGAGGAAUUCAGAGACAAGCUGCAGCUGGACAAUCAGACUGGAGAUCUCAAGAUCAGAAACAUCAGAACUGCAGACUCCGGACUUUACGAACUUGAUAUCAACAGUGCCAGAGGGUCAUCAAAAAAGUCCUUCAAUAUCAGUGGUGUGCUUGAUUUGGCGUCGGAUGGCGUGAAGGUCGUGUCGGUGAUGGAGAGAGACUCUGUCGUUCUACCCUCAGGUCUAUCUAAAAUACGGAGAGAAGAUCAGAUAACCUGGAAGUUUAAAGGCACGCUCAUAGCUGAAAUAAAUCAGACCGCCGGAAUCUUCUCUACAUAUGAUGUUCUUGAUGGGAGAUUCAGAUACAGACUGCAUCUGAACAAUCAGACUGGAUCGCUCAUCAUUACUAACGUCAAACCCAAAAUCUCUGGACUUUAUGAAAUCAACAUCAGCAAGAGCAGCAGCAGAUACACCACGCACAAGACAUUCAAUGUGACAUCUAUUGAUGGAGAGAACAGGCUGUCUGUGAUGGAGGGAACUUCUGUCACGCUAGAAUCUGGUGUUCCUGAAAUACACACAGAUGACGUGAUCGUAUGGAGGUCUGAGCAUGGAGACUCUGUCAUAGCAAAAAUCGAUAGAGGGACAAAGGUCUUCACUACAUUGGAUGGAGCUGAUGGGAGAUACAGCGGCACACUGGAGCUGGACAGUAAGACCGGAUCUCUGACCAUCAGGCACAUCAGAACUAAACACACUGGACUUUAUCACCUGGAUAUCACCGGCAACCGACGCACAAUAUUCAAGAGAUUCUUUAUUUCUGUCUGUUCACAGAAUUGGUCUCGAUAUGUUAUGGUCGGAAUUGUUGUUGCUGUUUUGCUGUUGGUCGUGAUCGGAGCUGUUCUUGUGAUUCGUCGUCGUCAAACGCAAAAUGUUAAUGGCUCUGUAAUAUGA